AUGGCGAAACGGGUGCUCAUUUCCCUCGUGCGGAAGCAUAAGACGGUCUCGUUGCCAGUGAUCUUGGAGCCACCACGACAAUGGGCAAGAGCUCCAGCUGCCGUGGGAAACCCGCUGUUCACGCGCCUGAUCCAGCCAGAUUUUGGACGCGACACCCAUUGUGCAGAGGCGUUGUGCUGGGAAGGAGCCGGUCACAGCGGGCGACAAAGGCGUGGAGCAGCCAACCGCCUGGCUACGAGAGCCCUAAUUGCCGCGGCGGCCACGAGGUGUCAAGGCAGCAGCAGCAGUUUUUGGUCGUUAUGGGUACGGCCGGAGCACGUUCCGGGCGGCGGCGACCUCCCACUCUUGCCGUGUGGUGAGCGGUGGGUAACGACCCUGGUCGAGCUCAGCUGCAAAACGGUCCACGCGCUUGCUCACCGGCUGACGAGCGAGCGCGCUCGCAUGUUCCCGCUUGGCUUCUGA